GGAGAAAAUCACCGAGUCUCUCCGCAGACGCACUCAGUGUGGGAAAAUUGAAAACGAUGGCAAUUGGCAGUGCGUCGCGACGUUUGAACAGAGUGAGUGGCGUCGUUGGAUCCACAUGAUUUAGGUUGAUGCUGGAGUUGAGCACACCAGAAGCGUCUCGAACGCCGGCAAUAUCAGUCGCAUUGUGACUGCCGUGCCAUACAGAAGGUUCCUUGCGCGCGCGAAGGUUUUCCCCUUAUUUUGGGCUGGAAGAACAAGUGCGGUGAACGAAAGACACUGAGGGUUGUGAUUGCGGUGUCGUCCUGCGAUAAGGGUCCUCAUCACAGUUGUUUUCCCCUUUUGUGGGUGGAUUCGGUGGCCUGUACGCGUCUUGAGGACGUCGACUUGCGGGGCAAAGUCACUCAGCAUUUUAAUGCGCCUUUUCACAAACUAACACCAACGACAUUAAUGAUGAGCGAAAGUGUACUAAAAGUUAUAAUUGUCUGGUGAGGAAAAUAAUCUUCCCUUGCUCCUCCAUUUUAAGAGGCAAGAAAUAGCGAGACACAAUCGCACUGUUUUGGGAUUUAAUGGCAUUUUCGCAUUCGUUCUUAGGAAAAUGGCUUUAAUGAGAUGAACUGGGUGUUGCUGAAGAAGUGAUGAUCAUUCUGCAAUAUUGCCACAGAGUGUGUGCGUGUGAUUGGUAAUUGAGACGAAUUGGGGUGUAUGGAAAACCCAGGGGAGUGGUACUGAAUCAUCUUAAAAAAAUUCUUUUUGUGUAUAUCAGCCCUUUAUACUUUAUCUGCUACCACGAAUUUAUUGGAUAAACAAGAAAAUAAGGAUCCUCAGUCUAUACAUUUUAUGUGGUGUGCGCAUUCAGUGGUUCGACUGACCAAAAAUAGACGUUCACCAUUUGUGCACAUACGUUAUUCAACAUAAACAAGGAAAAAUACACAUAAGAAAGAAGAAGGAGUUUGAGAAUCCAACAAGACGACGCCAGAAGGGACUUUUGCUCCGCCUCAGUCCAUCCCGUGGGUGCUUGGUGAGCAAGAAAGGACUCUCUUUAAGAAAUCCUGUGUGUUGUUUUGUGUUUGUCACAACAAAAGACUUUCUGCCCUCCUAAAUUGCAAAACGACGUGGUCUGUUGGACUCUCUCUCACAAUUUCCCGCCAAAAAAAUAAAAAAGAACUUCCAAAGCCACCAACAAACCCUAAAGCUACCCGAAAAACCCCGGGGAAGUUGAAACUCCCCCUCAAUACGACAAGAAGGGGUGAAAGCUACAUUCACAAAAAAAAACUUACACCCAUAAAGUCGUGUUUGACACAUAAAACCAAAAAAUAAAGUGUUAGUUCUUUUUUUGUCUCAUUCACAAAAAACGCCCCACGAGCUCACCAACAUUGAACAAAAUAUUGUGUUUUUGUGCUCAAGAGGGUUUCCAAGUCACAGCAAAACGUGUCAUAUAUUGUGAAACGGAGAAUAGUUGAAUUGAAAAAGAAUAAUAAAACCGUGAAUUGUUCAAGUAUCCUCUUGCUGCGCGAGCAACAAAAAUAUCCAAAAAGAGAAGGAAUUUAUAUUAUUUCCAACGGACUGUGCAACGCAGGAAAAAAAGAAGAACUUGGAAAAAUAAAUAUUUAUGUAACUUUUCAACCCCAGGGGUGUUCCCUCGGUGAAUGUGUGUUUUUUCAACUAUACAACGCCCUACACUCGCACCCUCGAGACAAAUGAAAAACAAUUAAACCACCGGAACAAUCUCAUCAGCAUCAUCCACAUUGUUGAGCUGUCCCAGCUUGGGGAGUGCUCAGUGUGCUUGUGGCUCAACAUCCACUCCUUUGAAUCAUUAAAAUGUGGCACAACACUAAAAUCACUGCUUCUACAUGGAGGCGCUUCAUUGGCGUCGGGGUGAUUCUGCAGAUUAUUGCUAAUUGUGGUUUGGGCACACUUGCGCUUCGCAAUGUGACACUAAUUGUGGAUCCACCAGCUGUUCGACGCUCCCACAAUGCAAAGCUCCUCUGUUUGUACGAUUUGGAAGGGGCUCCUCUCUAUUCCGUCAAAUUCUACAGAGGUCUCAGAGAGUUCUACAGAUACCUACCAAGUGAGACGCCCAAGAAUAAAAUUUUUCCCUUUCCCGGAAUUCAUGUGGAUUACACCCUCUCCAAUGCUAGUCAAGUGGUGAUCCGCAAUGUGGGCUUUGGGCUGUCUGGCAAUUUUUCCUGUGAAGUAUCAGCCGACGCACCAUCUUUCUCCACGGCAAUGGCUGACAUCCAGAUGCAAGUUGUGGAACUACCCGACAAGCAACCAUCCCUCUGGACUGAGCACGACCGCUAUGAACCAGGUGAUGUUCUCAGAGCAAAUUGCACCUGCCCACCCUCACGACCCAAAGCCGAAUUGACGAUAACUCUCAAUAAUAUUGUGAUAAACCACGGAGAGACACAGUACUUUUACACGACAGACAACCUCAUAAUGGCCCAUGCAGCCCUCCGACUGCAGCUUCAGAGUAGUCACUUUGGGGGUCCGGUACCAAGUGUGGGCACUGGCUUGGUUAUGCGGUGUACCGCAGAUAUUGGCAAUCUCUAUCAGGAGUACACGGAAGUUGAGUUGGGCGUUCCACAGCGGGAUCCAGUUCCAGCACGAGUGACAUCAUCUCGAUCUCAUUGUCUUCACUCAAAUAUCCGGCAUUAUAUUUCAGCAUCGAUGGUGUCAUUUUUUGUGCUGCGUACCCUCUCUGUGAGAUAGUUACUCUGUUAUUAAAUAAACUAUUAGAUUUAAAGAUUUAAAAGGGGAAAUUGAGGGAAAAAAUAACGUAAUUUUAUCCACUUUUGCGAUGAAGAAAAAAUUGUGAGAAAUAAUGGAAAAAAAAUAAACUCCAUUUGAAAGCUUCUAGCGCGGAACUUAAAGAACAAAGAGGUAUGAAGGAAGAAAAUUGAUAGGGCAAAAGGAAUUUGUAUGCGAUACUGAGAUUUUGGUUAAACAUACAUUAAGCGUAGGCAAAUUAAGGGGUGUUACUUAAGGAUGAAAGACAUGAUUUCCAUAAAAAUUUAAGGCAGCAGAUGUAAUCAAUUAGGUAGUUAAAAAAAUGAUGAGGACAUGUGAAGAAUGUACAUAGUUAAAUAUUAUCUUGCAAGAAUGAUUAAUUCCUUUCGAAAAUCUAUUUUUUUCUCAAUAUGAAGAUUAAUUGAAAGUGUUAUAUUUGUAUAAUCAUAUUUUAUGGUAAGUCUUAGAGUGCAGAACAAGAAUGAAAAUAUAUAGAAGAAUUUUAAAUGUAAAUGGCUGUCCGUCCUCGAGCGAUUUCUUGCAUCAAACUAAAAGAUAAAAUAAAAAUCAAGCAGCGAACUAAAAAAAAUCAAAUUGACAGGAAGAUAAAUAAAUGGUCCGUCAACAGGAAACAGUGUCAAAUAAAAAGUAUAUUGCUAACGAUUUCUUUUAACAACAGCUUGAAAGAGUAAAAAUGGAGUUUGUCAAAAGAUGAAAUAUCAGGGAAUAGUCAGAGUUGGGAUUUUUUUAAACUCCUUGUGUGGGCUCAUACAGACAUCUUGCGUGUAGUGAAAAAAAAUGUAAUUAUUCCCCAAAGUAAUACAUAAAUAAAUUUUGUUUAAAUGUAACUUUUCACAUUUAAAUUCAUUACGUGACUGAACACAAGGAUUUAUAAAAAAUUAUCUUCAAAAUUCUCUUCUCGACAUAUUUACUGGACCAAUGUGGAACAUCGAGGUUAUAGUACUGCUAAAAUCAGUGCAAAAUAAAAUAAAUAAAAAUAUACAUGCUCUUCUACUUCAUCACUGAGAAGGAUUUUAGCUGUACAAAACCUCAAAUUGGAAUUAAAAUAUAAUUUUUGACCUUAAUCCUAAAUAUUAUCACAUCAUUGACAUUGUGCAACAAACCAUAUUUCAUAUAAUAAAUAAUUAUGCUGAAAAAAAUCGAUCAUUAUUAAUUAAAUUUCAGUGUUUAAAAAAACAAUAUAGUGCAUAAUGAAGCAUGAGAAAGGAUAAGCGUAAACAAUGGGAGGAAUUAUUGAAAUUACACAGAUAAAUAUUACUAUAGUAAAAAAAAAUCGAAUAAGCCUAAAGGGAAUUAAUGUAUAUUACUACAAUUGUAUAAUAUAAAAAAAAAUAUGAAUGGAAAUAAAAUUCAAAUAUGAAUACUCAAUAAA